AUGAGGACUACCUUGCUGUUCGCAGCCAUCCUGGCUCUCAGCCUGCCUCCAAGCUUUGGAGCUGUCUGUGAGGAAUCACAGGAGCAGGUGGUACCCAGUGGGAGUCACAGCAAGGACUCAGAUCUGUACCAGCUGCCUCCAUCCCUGCUGCGGAGACUCUACGACAGCCGCUCAGUCUCUCUGGAGGAAUUACUGAAAGUACUGAGCAAGGCUAGCGUGGAUUCAAAGGAAUCAUCCCUUCCCCAGAAACGUGACAUGCAUGAUUUCUUUGUGGGACUUAUGGGCAAGAGGAACAGCCAACCAGACACUCCUACCAAAGUGAAUGAAGAGAACAUCCCCAGCUUUGGUACUCUUAAGCAUCCUCCCAGUGCAGAAUGA